AUGCAGACUGAGGAGUUUGUGCGCUCGCUGCUGCGAGAUCAGGUUGACCAAGUCAUGCUGUCGAGCGUGCAGGGCCGAUUGAUCUGCGAAGCGACUGUAUCCGAGCCCCGGAAUCGCCUGCACAAUGUCCAGCUCCUUCCAGAGCUUGCAAAAGCCAUGAACCGCAGGUUGCCCGCGCUGAACUUUGGAGCCCUCAAAGCUGCCGUGUUGCAAGCCGCGUCAGGAAACGUUGUGCAAAUGCUGUUUGGGCCGCUUGUGUUGACGUUCGUGCUCGCCGCCGAUGACGAAGCAGCAAUCGGCGCGGUGCUCGCCAUGCGGGCUGAUCUCGACGGACCCAUGUCACAACUCGUCGAGGCAUACAACUGA